ACGAGCAAACUGGCUGUGGAUGUUCAUGCAGGGCCUGUGUGUGCAUGAGCAGAGGUCGCACAGUUGUGGGGAGCUCCCUAUUGUCCCGUGUGUGCUGUGUGUACACCAGGUUGCCACAAAAGCCUGUGGCAGCGUGGUUUCACCCUGGGGCAUGGGCAUUGCCUUCAGGUGCUCUGGGUGUUGGUGUUCUGCGGAGGUGGUGCCCUCCCAGAGGAGGGCUCUGCCCCACCGGAUUUCUCAGCCCUCAGGUCACCCUCUGUCCAGCCCGGGGCACUGGGCAGGUACCCAGGGACCUGCUGAGCUGCUGCUGUCACCAGCAGCCUGGCCGGGGCCACCCGUGCCCACGAGUGACUGUGGGUGCUUGUCUCCCAGCAGAGUACCCGCAGGGCCCGGUCCCCACCCUCUGGAACGAGCCGCCCGAGCUGCCCUCCGGAGCCGGCCCCUUCGAUGCCGCCACCACCACAGCCCGGCUCUCAGAUGUCACCGCCUUCCCCUCGUACACCUCCGAGCUGGAGCCCGAGGACACCACCCACCUGCACCGGCUGGACACCGGCGAUGGCUCGCUGGGGCCCGGAGCUAUCGGUGCCAUUGUCAUCGCCUCCCUCCUGGGUACGUCUGUGCUUGUGGCCUUGGUCGUCAUCACGCUGAGAAAGUUCUCGGCCUCCUGAACUCAAUAAAAGAUUUUUCUGUA